AACCCAGCAGUGCCUCCCCGCGCCGCGCGGUCUCUUUCCACCACGGUGGGUGUCCGUCCGUACGUCUGGGAGGGGGGGGGGGGGGGGGGCGUCGCGCGUUCCGUGCGCAGGGCGAAGCAUCGAGAAGAUGGCUGCGCCUGGGGACAGCGGCGCCGGUGGUGGCCUCGUCUGCGUGACGGGCGGCAGCGGCUUCAUCGGCUCGUGGCUGGUCCGCCUCCUCCUCGACCGCGGCUACACCGUCCACGCCACCGUCAAGAACCUCCAGGACGAGGGCGAGACGAGGCACCUGCAGGCUCUGGACGGCGCCGACACGCGGCUCCGGCUGUUCCAGAUGGACCUCCUCGACCCGGCUUCCGUCACGCCGGCGGUCGACAGCGCCCGCGGCGUCUUCCACCUGGCCUCCCCUGUCAUACUGCACCAGCCUCAAGAUCCCGAGGGUGAGCUGCUGCAGCCAGCGGUGCGUGGCACUCUCAACGUCCUCCGCGCCGCGAAGGACUGCGGUGUCGGCCGCGUCGUGAUGGUUUCGUCGCAGGCUGCCAUGGUGCCGGUCCCUGAGUGGCCUGCCGGUAAGGUCAUCGACGACGACUGCUGGGCCGACGUCGACCUCCUCAAGAAGAAACAGUUUUGGUACAACGUAUCUAAAACGCUGGCAGAGAAAGCUGCCUGGGACUUCGCCACGAAGGAGGGUUUGCAGCUGGCCGUGAUCAAUCCAGGCUUGGUAUUGGGCCCAAUGUUGACGCCAUCCCCUACUGCUAGUCUGCGUCUGCUAAUGCAGAUUCUGGGAGGCCAGAGGAUUGACAUGGAUGACUUCUACGUUGGCAUUGUCGAUGUCAGAGACGUGGCACAGUCCCUGAUAGUGCUGUAUGAGAACCCAUCGGCACAGGGGCGCCACUUGUGCACUGAGUCCAUUGAACGUCUGAUUGAUUUCCAUGAUAAACUUGCUGAGCUUUACCCUGAAUUCCCGGUCUCCAGAAUCCAGGAGGAUAAACAAGGCUGGGUGGUGAGAUCAAAGGCUGCCUCCAAGAAGUUAAUUGAUUUGGGUGUAAAUUUCAUUCCAUCCGACAAAACCAUCAGGGACAGCGUAGAUUGUUUGAGAAACAAAGGUUAUAUAUAGCCUUUGAACAUAUAUAUUUCGUGUAUCAGGUCCAGAAAACAGUUAUAUUUGAGUUUUCCUAGUUGAAUAAAAUGUCGGAAUGCAUAGGCAUUUCCUCACCAUCAAUAAUACAUUUUUUUUCUUCAGAAAGGAUUAAUAUAUGUCAGCAUCUUUGGUCAUUUGGUAGU